ACGUUAGCUAGCACCGUAGACUGUAUAUGGUUAGCACACAAAGGGGCGUUUUAUCAUUACAACCCAGAGUCAAGCUGAAAGCAGGAUGACGGACUCGUGCCUGGUCGGCAGAGCCGGAGCUGAUGACGAUGUGGAACGGGACUUCUCAUCUGAACCAGAAACACAGCAUUCCUGCAUUGAGGAAAGAGAACACCUCCAGGUGUACCUCAGGAUCCGACCUUUCACCUCUGCGGAAAGAAGCGAUGGAGAGUCACAGGACUGCGUAGCCAUUGAGCCUCCUGACGUGGUUCUGCUGAAGCCUCCCAGCUUGUCCCUCUCAGCAAGACUCAGCACAGACAGAUCCCUUCCCCAGACGGGACAGCACUUCCAGUUCUCCCAGGUUUACGGUCCUGAGACGACGCAGAGGGAGCUGUUCGAAGGCACCGUUAAAGAUCUGGUUAAAGACGUUAUGGAAGGAGGGAACUCUCUGGUUUUCACAUAUGGAGUCACCAACGCUGGCAAGACCUUCACCUUCUUAGGUCCAGAUGCGGAUCCCGGUGUCCUUCCCCGGUCUCUUGAUGUGGUCUUCAGCAGUAUCGGUGAGCAGAUUUUCUCCGGUAUGAGCAUCAAACCGCAACGCUGCAGGGAGUUCGUGAGACUCAGCGAGGAGCAACAGGCUAAAGAAGCAGCGUUCAAAAGAAACCUGCUGAGACAGUUUAAAGAGAGUGAGAAGAGUAACGUCGGCCUGCUGAACGGGAAUAGUAAGACUUCCUUUGAAGUCUCCUCCGUGUCGGGAACAGCUGAAGCAGCCGAGGACAAAAUCAGCCUGAAGGUUAAAACGAACACAAAGUUCUCUGUUUGGGUUUCUUUCUGUGAAAUCUACAACGAGAACAUCCACGACCUCCUGGAGGUGACCCCGAGUGUGGGCCUAAGAAGGGCCGCACUGCGCUUGUCACAGGACGUCAAGGGCAAUGCCUUCAUCAAAGAUCUCAGAUGGGUUGAGGUAAAGUGUGCAGAAGAAGCGUACGAAGUGUUGAAGCUAGGCAAGAAGAACCAGAGCUUCUCCUCCACCCGACUCAACCGUCUGUCCAGCAGGAGUCACAGUAUUUUCUCCAUCCGGAUUCUGAGGAUUGAGGAUGUUGGAACUCCACGAGUCCAUGCAGUCAGCGAGUUGUGUCUGUGUGACCUGGCCGGCUCCGAGCGCUGUGCCAAAACUCAGAAUCAAGGGGAGCGUCUGAAAGAAGCCGGAAACAUCAACACCUCGCUGCUUAUUCUAGGAAAAUGCAUCAACGCACUACGACACAAUCAGCAGGCCAGGCUGCUUCAGCACGUUCCCUUCAGAGAGAGCAAGCUGACCCACUACCUGCAGGGCUUCUUCUGCGGCCGCGGUAAAGCCUGCAUGAUCGUCAACAUCAACCAGUGUGCCUCCAUGUACGACGAGACCCUCAACGUCCUCAGAUUCUCUGCUGUGGCCCAGAAGGUGGUGGUUCUGCCGUCCAGACCCGUCACCAUGAAGCCACAGACCUCCACCAGUGAUGCGUCCUUCAUCCUCGACGCUGAAAGAAAUGCUCUUCGGAGCAGCAGGAGGAGCUCCCUGAUUGGCUGGGAAAGCAACCUGGAGGAUGUACAGGAGGAUGAGGAUGAUGAAGAUGAUGAAGAAAUCAGCCUGACUGAGGACUCCGUGGACCAAUCUGGCAACCGUGAAGAUGAUAAAAUUGUUAUAGAAAGAAAGACUCACCAGAGGCUGCAGCUUCUUGUGAAGCAGCUUCAGAUUCAGCUGAAGAAGGAACGAGCUGAGAAUCUGAUCCUGGAGGCUGAAAUCCGAGAAGAGAUGACCCAAGACUUCACCCGGCUGUUCUCCAACAUGCAGAAUUACUACGAGGAGCGUCUGGCGAGGGAGGGAGAAAUCUUGGAAGAGCGAGCUGAAAGAAGGCUGGAACUUUUCAGGAAUCUCGUCAAGAAAAUGUCCGGGGCCGAUGAGGAUGCAGACGCCGUGGGCGGAGUUCUGGACUCUGAUGCUUCUCAACUGGCAGACAGGAAGUCCCUGCAGGCGGCGCCGGCGUGUUCGAGCCGAGCUGUUCCUCAGGCGGAGAUGAAGAUGCAUGAACAGGAAGUCCUCAAGCACAUCGCUGCUGAGGUAGAUGAUGAUGGAGAGAAACGACGGGUCCUCCUCCUGCUCCAGGAAAAGUCGUCUGAAGUCGCUCGACUGGAGAAACAAUUGAGAGAACAGAAGACAGUCGAAGCCGACCCGCAUCAGACAGAUGAGCUGCAGGAGGCUUUGGCUGCCCUGGAGAAGGAGAGGAGACUGAGAGAGGACACCGUGGCUGCUUUGCAGUACCAGACUCUGGGAAAAGAGGAGGCUCUGGCCUCCUUGCAGGAGGAGAAGAAAGCUAAAGAGGAGGCCAUCGUCACUCGUGAGGAGCUGAGGCAACUUAAAGAGGAGACAGUAACAUCGCUUGAGGAAGAGAGAAGAGACAAAGAAAAAGCUCUGGUAGCUCUGGAAGCUGAGAGGAGGGCCAAAGAGGAGGCUGUUGCUGCUCUGGAGGAAGAGAAAAACAGCAAAGAGGAGGAAGAGGAGGACGUCUGCAGGCUGCAGGAGGAGGAGGAAGGUGACGAACUCAGACAGCUGAAGGACCUGCUGGAGGCUGCAGAGUGUCAGGUGAUGAGGAUGCAGAGUGCUGAGCAGUGUGCUCAGGCCCGGCUGGAAGAGCAAUCCAAGCAGAUCCAGGAGAAAUCCUCAGAAAUCAGCACUCUGAUGCAGGAAGUUCAGAGGCUGAAGCAGGAGCUGCAGACCGCCAUGGAGGACGGGACGACUCGGCAACACUACGUCCUGGGCUUGGAGUCCGAGCUGGAGCAGUUCAAACAACAGCUGGCUCACAAAGAGCUGCUCUCUGAGCAGCAGCUGGAAAACCUAACGGAGAAGCUGAAUCAGACUGAAGCAGCUUCAAAGCAGCAAGUCGAUGAGCUGAAAAAGAAGCUUCUGGAGCGAGAAGAGACGCUGCAGGAAGAAGAUGCAUUAUCAAAGCAAAAACUGGAGGAGCUGGAGCAGAAACUGAGAGAGCAAAAGGAAACCUCCAGCAAAGUCUCGGAAGAGGCUGAAGAUGUCAAGAGGAUGAACUCUGAUCUCCAGACGGAGCUCACAUCCCUGAAAGCAAAGCUGUCCAACAUGGAGGGAACAGAGGAGGCUUCUAGAAAGACGGCGGCUGCUCAGAUGGAGAAAAUGAAGGAAAUGGAGAGACAGUUGGAGGGGACGCUCGCAGAGCAGGAGCAAGCGUCUGCACUAAGGGAGGCGGAGCUUCAAACCAAGCUGCUGGAAAUGGAAACACAGAUCACAUCUUUACAGAAGAGUCUGAAGGAGGCGCAGGAGCGACAGGAAGAGGAGGAAUCCCAGGCAGUCCAGGAGGCCCGACGUCGAGAGGUGGAGAGGCGAAGGGAGCUGCUCGCCGUGGCCCACGAAGCCAUCGCUCAGAAGGAUGAAGAGCUGGAGAAGAAAACCCAGGAGAUCAACAGACUGAAGGAAACCAGCCAACAGGAUGCAGAGAAAGUGAAGAACCUCGAGCUCCAUCUUCAGAGGAAAGAGGAAGACUCCUCAGACCUCCGAGAGAAACUGGCAGACUACAAGAAGCAGAUCCAGCAGGUCCAGAAGGAGAUAUCGGCCACCAGAGAAGAGGAGAAGGUUCUGAGGCAGAAGUUAUGUGAUUUGGAGAAAACUAAGAAGCAGCUUCAGACUGACCUGGCCAGCAGAGACAGAACUAUCCAGCAGCUCAAAGUGGAACAAACCAGCACAAAGUCUGACGACACACUCCAGCUUUACCAAAAGACCUGUGAAGAUCUGAAGGCCAAAGAGCGAGUGAUGGAGGACAUGCGUCUGGCUCUGACGGAGCAGGAGGAUACCCAGCAGCAGAUGGAGCAGGUCCUGGACGAGAAACUGGGCCUUAUCCAAGAACUCUCCAGUGAGGUGGAGAAGCUGAAAGGGCUGCUGCUGCAGGAGCGUGGAAACACGCCACACACACACGUGGACCGCUCAUCAGAUGAACUCAGACGGGCUAAAGAGGAAACUUCCCGAGCUCAGGAAGACUUGAAGGUGUUGACGGAGAAACAUCAGGCUGAACGCAGGAAAUGGCUGGAGGAGAAGCUGCUUCUGAUUGGACAAGCUAAAGAGGCAGAGGACAAGCGCAACCAGGAAAUGAAGAAGUUUGCAGAAGACAGAGAACGUUGCACCCGGCAGCAGAGCCACUUGGAGGCGCAGCUCCUCGAGAAGGAUCAGACCAUGGAGAAGUGGAGGAAGGAGAGAGACGCUCUGGUCGCAGCUUUGGAGGUCCAGCUGCAGAAACUUCUUUCCAGCCAAGCAGAGAAAGACAAAGUCAUCCAGCAGCUAGGCCUGCAGCCACCACCAGAGGUGGAUGGCGGUCCCAGCGUGGCAGAGCUGCAGGAGGCUCUAAACCGGAAGGAGGUGGAGAUUCUCCACCUGAAGGACGAGCUGAAGGCUUCAGCAGCCAAACAGGACGACACGGUCACACAGACUAAAAGCAACGGGGGCUCUGUGAGAUGUUCUCAGCAACCAAAGGAUGAAACCAUGAAAACCGAGUCAGAAAGGAGGGAAACCAGAGCGUCGGUCAGCAGUCGGGCCUCAGCAGGCUUCCCGUCAGUCCUGGACUCCUCGGAGAUUUCCACAGAGAACGGCAGAAUGAGUCGCUUCCCUCGACCAGAGCUGGAGAUCUCCUUCAGCCCUCUGCAGCCCAACCGGAUGGCUCUGAGGCGUCAGGGGGAGGAGAGCGCCGUCACCAUCAAGAUCCCCCAAUCCGGUCGCAAGAGGAAGAGCAGCGAGAUGGAGAAGUCUUUUCUUUUCAGGAGGAGUAAGAGACGAACUACACGUGAGGAAGAAGUUGAGACAGCAAACAGAAGGAACACAAAAACCAAAGUUACGCCAAAGCGGACUCCACACAAAGAGGAGAGCUCUUCCCCAGCAGGUUGCCAUGACUCCCCAAACAGCAUCCGCAGCAGAAAGGAUGGGGCGCUGCUGAAGAUCGGAGACUUCCUGCAGAGCUCCCCCACGCUGUUCAGCUCCAAAGCCAAGAAGAUGAUGAGUCUGGUGAGCGGUCGCAGUGAGGCAGAUUCAGCAGCCUCCUCCUCCUCCCUCAGUCUGAGAGGCAAGAAGGGCAAAAAGAAGCUGUACAGACCUGAAAUCUCCUCCCCCAUGGAUAUACCGGCCCCAAUCAUCAGCAGAGAGCCGGAGGAGAAGGAGAGCCAUCACGAGAGCAUCAAGAGGCGUCUUCGCACCAGAGUGGCAAAAUAAUCACAUCACUACUUUUUAUCUCCCGUCUGAAACAAUAAAGCGAACUUUUAGUUUCUAUUCAAGCUAAUUUAGCACAACUUUCUAAGUAAUCGUAUUUAAUCCUAACAUUUAGUUUUAGAGUAAGUAUCUUGAUCAGAGAGGUGGCUGUUAGCUUCAUUAUCAGUAAGCAACGCCUCCACAGUCAGUGAUUCACCUUCAGUCUGAGUUGAUCAGAAACUCUCCUGCUGCCUGACCCGGAUCGGUAGCCCACGUUCCGCAUUAAAUGACUCCAGACUCACUACAAUGUUGUCAAGAACUGAGAGCACUCGGGUUUAUGUACCUGCGACCUGUAAACUUCAUGUCUGAAUGUUUUAAUGUGCAAUUGUUUCUCCAGAAUUUGGUGGAAUUAUUUAUGUUGUUGUUCUUGGAGCUGCUGAUGCAGCGUCGGUCCACUGUGUUUGGAUUUAAUGACUUCCUGCAGCUCUGAUCCAAAUGUUUAUCAUUACGUUUUGAGGUUUGGGCCUCGGAGAUAAAUUUCAUCAUAUUUGUGGUAAAUUCCUCAUUUUUCACUUGAUUAUGUGACAAUUCAAUCACUUAGUUCAGGAGUUGUGCAUAAAACCCAGAACCUGGUUAGAAUAAUGGGUAAUGUUUGUUAUGCAGGUUUAUCAUAAAAUCUGGCGUUGAAGGUGCUUCAUCUGUCCAGCAGGUUCCUAAUAUGGACUUUAAUAAUCAGCUUCACUACAGUUUAGUAGUUUAUUAUCAAUUAAUUAGUACUUUUUUCCCUCUUUGCCUGCUUUAAAUCAGAGCAGAGAAUCAGCCACUCCCCGAUGCUCCGUGAUCGAACUGUAAAGUUUCCAGAUGCUUUGGCUUCUUUAUUCUUUGAUAUUCUGGUAUGAGCGGGAUUAAUUCCUCACCAGGUAAACACCGUUUUCUGAUCCAUUUAACCCAGGUUAGAAACAAAUGAACAUCACAUCUGGUGAAACAGUUGCCAGAUCUGCUUUUAAGACACUUUAGGCUUGUUUUGGCUACCAGAUCUGGCAACCCAGCUCCAGUAACAGCUGGUAGAACAGGCUGGCGGCCAGUUAAACCUGCAGAGGUUAGUGCUGAUCCCAUCUACAAACAGAUGAUAAAACGACCAAACCUGGAACUUUCUCUACGACCAUUUUUGUUUGAUUUAUUUUCAGAACGUCCAGUUUUGUUUUGUUUUUAGUUUUUUUUUUUUUAUUGUUAUUUCUAACCGUUUAAGUCCAACCGCACUUUAUUCCCUCCAGAGGCGGCGGCGCCUUCAGCCUCGUACCAGAUGGAUGAAACGACCACUACGCCCGUUAGUAAAACGCGUUCCUGUUCGUCUCGGUUCUGAACAAACCGUUCUACUUUCAUAUCAAAGUUCUCACGUUCAUCAUGUUUUGUUUUUUGGCACCUUUGUCUCACAAGCCAAUAAAAAAAUACUGAUUCAGAAAAAUGACC